AUGCUCUGCAAGCGUUUGCAUCCCACAACGUUGCGGCAGUGGGAAUCAUACUACAAUUCGAAGGAAGUUCCAAAGUAUCAGGACUUAGUAAAGUUUUUGAAAAGUCAUUGUUCCGUAUUACAGUCCAUCGCACCUGCAAAGCAGUUCCAUCCGGAUCUGAAGAAGCCAUUUCGUCCAACAAUCAGUCAUGCUGGAAUCCAAUCAAACUGCUGUCCAUUCUGCGGAGAAUCAGCUCACUCCGCCUUUAAGUGUAUCAAGUUUUCGAAGAUGCGGAUUUCGGAGAGGCUCGACGCCGUGAAGAAACAUUUGCUUUGUUUGAAUUGCCUGUCAUCAGGACACUUCGCACGAUUCUGCACCCGAGGAUCGUGCUUCCACUGUGGUCAACGGCACCACUCGUUACUUCACGCGAACUCGUCGACCAUCGCGAAUCCGUCUGCCAAGUCAGGACAGUCAAAUGGGAAUCUGUCAUCUAGGAAAUCACCUGGACAGCAACCACUACAAGUUAAGCCAACACAAAUCGGUCACUCAACACACACUCAGCAUACACAAGCUGGACGCACAGAACAACUAAACUCCACACAUGCAAGUAACGCUCAUUCGCAGUUAUCCGCCACAGACGGCCCCAGUACAAGCCUACACACUGCUCCAUUAGCUACAACAAAACACGUUCCGCACACCGUUCUUCUCUCUACCGCUGUCGUAAGCCUUUACGAUCAGUUCGGUAACUCUUUGCUUGCUCGUGCAUUGCUGGACUCUGGUUCUCAGCGAUGCUAUAUGUCUGAAACCGUUUCGCAAAGGCUCAAGUUCAAACGAACUCGUGAGCAUUUACCGAUCGUCGGCAUCGGUGGAUCGCGAACUGCAUCAACUCAAGCAGUUUUCGCGGAAGUUCAUUCGCUUGCUACAAACUAUGUGGCAAAUCUUAAGUUCCAUGUCUUGCCACGAGUAACCGUCGAUCUUCCAACACGAAGCAUUGACAUCUGUUCCUGGAAUGUGCCGAAGGAGAUAGUGUUAGCCGAUCCAACGUUCCACGAGUCUGCAGCUGUAGAUCUGAUUAUAGGAGCAGAAGUAUAUCUGGAGCUGAUAAUUGCAGAGCGUCAAAUGAAGCUGGGAGAUUCUGGUCCAAUUUUGCAAAAUACUCUUUUGGGUUGGAUAGUUUCUGGAGGGAUUCCGGAUGAGUCAGCUGUUUUACCAGUCGUGUCAUCGUGUGCUGCAGAGAAUAUUGAAGAAGGACUAGCACGGUUCUUUGAGCUGGAAUCGUGUCGCACCAGCAGCACAUUGUCACUAGAAGAGUCGGCAUGUGAAACACACUUUGAGAGAACGACGACGAGAGACUCUACCGGCAGAUUCGUUGUUCAGCUACCCAAGAAACAAUUUCUCGUUGACCGCUUGGGAGAUACUCAGGCCAUCGCUACUCGUCGCUUCAUGGCUUUGGAGCGCAGAUUGGAUACCGAUCCAUUCGUGAAGAAGAUGUAUUCCGAUUUCAUCAACGAAUAUCUUCGGAUGCAGCAUAUGAUUGAGAUCUCAGCACGAGACCUAAGCACAGUUCCGGUAGCAUACUUCCUACCGCACCAUGCGGUAUUAAAGCCCGAUAGCACCACGACCAAACUGCGUGUCGUGUUUGAUGCGUCAUGCGCUAGCACGUCUGGAGUUUCAUUAAAUGAAGCUCUCAUGGUGGGUCCUGUGGUUCAGGAUGACCUAACUUCCAUAACACUACGUUUCAGACUGAGGAAGUACGCGAUGACAGCAGACAUUGAGAAAAUGUAUAGGAUGAUCAAGAUGCAUCCGAUGGAUCAUCCACUCCAAUGCAUAGUAUGGAGAGAGGACUCAUCCAAGCCGAUUCGAAUGUUCAUGCUGACCACAGUCACGUACGGCACGUCCUCGGCACCGUACCUGGCCACGCGUUGCCUGAAGAAGUUGGCGGAGGAUGAGAAGAACAACUUUCCUGCCGCCACUGAUACGAUUCUCUACGAGUUCUACGUCGACGAUAUGCUGAAGAGCGUUGACAGCCUUGAAGAAGCUGUACAAUUGUCACAGGAUCUGAUCGAAGUUCUAAGCACAGCUGGGCUUACCUUGAGGAAAUGGAGCUCCAACUCUCGAGAAUUGCUGGAUCAUAUUCCACCUUAUCUGCGAGAUGAACGCUCUUGUUUGGAUCUCGAACUCUCUAACCCCACAGUUAAGACCCUUGGAAUUAAAUGGGAACCCCGUUCGGACAUUUUUCGGUUCACUGUACCUCAGUGGAACCCUGCUACUGAGAUCACCAAGAGGAUCAUAUUGUCCGAUUUCGCGAAGCUUUUCGAUCCGUUAGGCCUGGUUGGACCUAGUCUUGUUCCAGCCAAGGUAUUUCUCCAGGAUCUUUGGAGAACAAAGUGCUCCUGGAACGAUAUUCUACCCGAAGAGCUUCAAGUGUGGUGGAGAGGAUUCAGAGAAAGUUUGGAAGGUCUGACUUUGUUGCAAGUACCUCGUUGGAUCGCAUUCGGAAGCGAAACAUUGUCCGUCGAGCUUCACAUGUUCUGCGACGCAUCCCAGAAGGCGUAUGGCGCCUGCAUCUACCUCAGGUGUGUCUCGUUCGAUGGUACAGUUUCGUCAUCACUGGUUACCGCUAAAUCUCGUGUAGCUCCGCUUGAAGACCUAGAGAAGAAACGAAAACAAAUUUCGAUUCCACGAUUGGAGCUCUCGUCUGCACUCACAGGCGCACAUCUGUACGAAAAAGUCGUCCAAAGUCUCAAGAUCGCAGUUCAGCCGUAUUUUUGGACCGACUCAAUGAUCGUUAAGUGUUGGAUCGCAGCGCCUCCGUCUCGUUGGAACAUUUUCGUGGCCAACAGGGUGUCUGAAAUUCAGCACAUCACACGUGGAGGUAUCUGGAAUCACAUAGCCGGCUUGGACAACCCGGCCAAUGUUCUAUCAAGAGGAAUGGAUCCUCAUCAGCUGAAGGAUUUCCAGAUGUGGUGGCAAGGGCCACCUUGGUUACAGCUAGACAAAACCUUAUGGCCGACAUCGGCUAACAUAAAUCACGAGGACCUAGAUCCUCUGUUACUCGAGGAACGCACAACGGUAUCGGCUCCAGCGCAAGUUAUUGAACCUAGCACAAUCUUCAGCCUUCGAUCGUCAUUACAAGAUUUAGUUCGCAUCGUAUCACUCAUUCGGAGAUUUGUGCACAACUGUCGAAACACUAGUGACCGCAGAGUAGGCCUAGUGCGACUUGAAGAACGAGAAGCAGCUUUACAUCAGUUACUGAUCCUAGCCCAAAGAGAAAGUUUUCCAGAAGAACUAGUCGCGUUACGUAAGAAUGGAGAAGUCAAACCUACGUCUCGCUUAAAACAACUAUGCCCUCGCUUGGUAAACGGAUUGAUCCUCGUCGGUGGCCGGCUUCGAAACGCUAACAUUUCAGCCGGUCGAAAGCAUCCUAUAGUUCUGGAUAAUCAGCAUCCUCUUUCGAUCCUCCUUGCGGAUUACUAUCACAAGAAAGCCCUGCACGCUGGGCAACAAUUGCUCAUCGCCAGCAUGCGGGAAAGAUACUGGCCGAUAGCAGCUCGUAGCUUGGCAAGGAAAGUUAUUCAUCGGUGCAUCAAAUGCUUUCGGGCUCGACCGAAGAGUUCCGAACAACUCAUGGCAGAUUUACCAGCUGAGCGGGUCAAUCCAGCUCCACCGUUCCUGCGCGUGGGAGUGGACUACUGUGGUCCGUUUUAUAUUCAGAACCCAUAUCGCAAGGGUGGUUCAAUCAAGUGUUUCGUAGCAGUAUUUGUGUGCCUUGUAGUGAAGGCCGUUCAUCUGGAGGUCGUUGGAGACCUCACAACACAAGCUUUCGUCGCGGCGCUGAGAAGAUUUGUCUCCCGGCGAGGUAGUAACUUUGUUGGUGCCCGACGCGAGUUAGACGAUCUUCGAAAGCUGUUCAACAACCAAAUGUUCGUAAAAGCGGUGACUGAAGAAGCUUCAUUGGAGAACAUCAACUUUAAAUUCAUCCCGGCGAAAUCCCCAAACUUUGGUGGACUUUGGGAAGCCGCCGUGAAGUCGAUGAAAGGUCAUCUUAAGCGCACUCUUGGAAACACCGUACUCGUAGCCGACGAAAUGGUUACCCUGGUGGCACAGAUUGAGGCUUGCCUCAACUCGAGACCAGUUACGCCACUCUCGAACGACGCAGACGACUUGGAUUUUCUGACACCAGGUCACUUUCUUGUGGGUAGGCCACUCACAGCAAUACCAGAACCAUCUCUGCAAGAGCUCAAUCAGUCUCGGCUCUCAAGAUGGCAGCGAGUUCAGUACUUCCUCCAACAUAUCUGGAAACGUUGGUCAACGCAAUAUUUGUCGAGCUUGCAUGCUCGCACGAAAUGGAGCAGACUACGGAACAACAUUCUCGUCGGGACCAUGGUACUGCUACGUGAGGACAAUUUACCACCUCUCAGGUGGCGAAUGGGUCGUGUCAGUGAGAUCCACCCGGGGAAAGACGGCAACAUUCGUGUUGUCAAAGUUCGCACGAAGGACGGAGACUUUCCAAAAUAUGUGUCCUACCAAUUCUCGACAACGACACUCCAUCCACGUCAACUUACGAGGAGGAUUAACUCCUUCUUCAUCAGGCGCCUGGUGGCGCUGCGGAGGCCUUCGGGUCUCCGCGUCCCAGUUAAGUUUUUGUUUUAUAAUAUAUAG